AUGGCCCCGAAAGAGGACAUGCUGCCCCCGGGCUGGGAGGAUCUCGACAGGCAAAUGGGCCAGCUCUUUAUGAUGGGCUUCGAUGGCACCACGGUCAGCCCGCAGAUUCGCUCGCUCAUCGAAGACUAUCACUUGGGCUCUGUCCUCUUGUCAGCCAAAAACCUUAAAUGUAAUUCUACUCUGCUCCCUUUCCCCUUGCUGGAAAAGUUCCGGGCAGCGGAGGAGGCCACCCGACUGGUCCUGGAGCUGCAGAACAUUGCCCGGGAUGCUGGCCACCCAGUCCCAUUGCUCAUUGUAUUGGAUCAAGAGAAUGGGGGUGUGAACAGUUUAUACGAUGAAAUAUACAUUCGCCAAUUUCCCAGCGCCAUGGGGGUAGCCGCGACGGGGUCGAAAUCACUAGCUCACGAAGUUGCAGUCGCCACCGCACAAGAGCUCAAAGCUGUCGGCAUCAAUUGGAUUCUCGGUCCGGUUUUAGAUGUAUUGACCAAUGCGCGAAACCAACCUCUGGGUGUUCGGACUACUGGCGAUGACCCUCAAGAGGCGUCGCAAUAUGGCGUCCAAUUCAUGAAAGGAUAUCAACAAGCCGGACUAGCGACGUGCGGCAAACACUUUCCGUCCUACGGCAACUUAGAAUUCCUUGGUUCCCAUGCCGAUGUGCCAAUUAUCACAGAGUCCCUGGAGCAAUUGAGCUUGAAUGCUCUAAUCCCCUUUCGAAAUGCCAUCAACCACGGCCUGGAUGCGAUGAUGGUGGGCGGAGUGUCCAUGUCGUCGGCUGGGAUGAAUGUCAUGCACGCCUGUUUGAGUGACCAAGUUGUCGAGGAGCUACUUCGAAAAGAUCUGAAAUUUGAAGGAGUCGUUGUCUCAGAAUGCUUGGAGAUGGAGGCCCUGACGCAUAACAUCGGAGUUGGUGGUGGCACCGUCAUGGCCAAAAAUGCAGGAUGCGAUGUCGUUCUCCUCUGUCGAUCGUUCCCCGUGCAACAAGAGGCAAUCAACGGAUUGAAGCUUGGUGUUGAGAACGGAAUUAUCGGCCGAGCCCGAAUCGAGGAGUCAUUGCGCCGUGUACUGGAUCUCAAAGCGCGUGCUACUUCGUGGGAACAGGCGUUGAAUCCUCCCGGUCUGCUAUCACUCACGCAAAUGCAACCGUCCCACACGAAUCUCUCCACGCGUGCAUAUAACGACUCGAUCACAGUGAUGCGAGACAAGAGCAACCUUCUCCCACUUUCCAAUCUCAUUGACCCCUGCGAGGAGCUAUUGCUGCUCACGCCGUUGGUCAAACCGCUCGCGGCUUCAGCCGUCACGCUCUCGGUCAAUGAAUCGGCUCACGGGGGCGGCAACCCUUCAUCUUGGGAACAAACCUCCUCAGUGAUGAGCGGAGAGAGUGUCUUCAAAGAGCUGGGCAGGUCACUUUCUCGGCAAAGAAAUGGUCGUGUCCUACACACUUCCUACACGUCCAAUGGCGUCCGACCUAUCCAUGAAGACCUCGUCAAACGUGCCAGUGCUGUGAUUGUUGUCACGGCCGACGGGUAUCGCAACAAAUAUCAACAAUCGUUCGCAAAACACAUCUCGCUGCUCUGUCAGUUCCACGAUUCAUCCAGCGGAGAGCGACGCGAGAAGCCUUUGAUUGUGGUUUCGGUCAGCUCUCCUUACGAUUUUGCCAUGGAUUUCUCGAUUGGAACGUACGUGUGCACCUAUGACUUUACCGAGACGGCGCUACAGGCGUUAGUGAAGGUUCUUUAUGGCGAACUGACGCCGACUGGGACGCUGCCCGGCUCUAUCAGUCGCAGUCAGAAAAUCCACCAAUCUCGUCAACAUUGGCUCGUGGAGAAUUGGAAUGAGGAGAGAGAUGCAAAUGCUUUGGAUGCACUGUUGGAAGCGAUGCGGGACGACUGUCCACAAGGUCAGCGCUCUGAGGUCCUCGGUGCCACCUCUAGCAGUUUUCUCCUACGGAAAGAGGACAUUGACGAGGCGCAUUUUGUGGUCCGUAACAGCAGCACACAGGCCUUAUAUGGGUUUUGUGCAACUUACUUCUUUCGAUCGUCCGGCACUGGCGUUAUUGGAUGUUUGAUUGUUGACCCAGCGCGGCGCAAGCUGUCUAUUGGACAUUCCCUUCACAGUCGUGCGAUCCGCUCCCUCCUCCAGCGGAAAGGCAUGAAGCGAUUCCAACUGGGCUCUCGAUUGCCUGGCAUCUAUCUAGGUAUUCCUACGGUCAGCUCUGUCGAACGUAAGCGGCUACGGCAGUGGUUUGCCAACCUGGGAUGGAACACAUCACUCUCCCGACCCGUCUGCAGUGUCGUGCUGCGAAAUUUAACGACAUGGACGCCCCCCGAUGGCCUCACCGCAACGCUGCAGAAUGCCGACGUGGUUUACGACCUUGUCUAUGGAUGGAACUUUGCCCGGACCGUCCUGGACCACAUCAAGACCAAUGCGCGACAGGGUGUCGCCGAUAUCUACCGCAUUGCCCUGGGUGGCGCUCCCCACUGUGGUAUUAUCCGAGCCAAGCGGCCCUCUGAUGACAUGAUUCUGGGCAGUGUUGUCGUGUACAACGAGCGCUCCCCUUUGGCCGAAUAUAUGCCCGUAUUACGCGCUACUCAUACUCCUGUUGGAGGUAUCUCUUCACCUGUGAUCUCGCCAUGCGCGGAUGAUUACUCCACUGUCAUGCAGGGGCUGAUCCUGCUGGCUAUCCGCCAAAUCCGCAGGUUCAAUGCUAAUGCGGUAGUGAUGGAUUGUGUGGACGGGGACGGUAACUUUGACUGUCUCUCUUCGAUGGGAUUCAGCAUGCUACACAGCUUUGAAGAGGUCAAUUGCGACGCAGCCACCUGGACAAUGCUGCACCCUUCAUAG